GGAACCGAACCGAACUGAACCAAAUGGUACUCGAAUGUCCACCUCUAAUCAAAUGUAAAAAUGAUUAUUAAUAACAAAAUGCAUAUUGUUUAUAAUAUUUAAGUACAAUAUAUUUUUAAAAAAAUUCAGGGCGCGCGUUAUCAUCGAGUGGAUACAUUAUUAGAUAAAGAUUUGUACAAAAGGGGGAUAUUUGUCCUCUUGUAUUUUUCUUCUUCUCAGUAAUAUGCAUUCUGUCAAAAUAGUAAUGUAAUAUACACAACCAUAACACUAGCAGAGAAUCUUUAUUGUACAUAUCUUUCAUACAAUUAUGUUUUUAUAUUUGUAGCAUGUUCCGAUUUUAGCCAGUCAGCCAUAAUAAUUGACGAUGCACUUUUUGGUCUAGGAGGUUUUGAAGAUUUACUUGUAAGAAUUCUCUAAAAAAAAAAUACAUAGAACUAUUUUGUGUUUACCAAACAUAGGCCUGCGACAUUUAAUCGGAACCGAAAAUUCGAACUGGAUCUGACCCAAAAUGGACCGGUUUGAUUUCGGUCAUAAACUAUUUAUCCAAUAGGUAUUAAUGUUGAUUAUUCAUAGAUAUCGGUUUGGUUUCGGCUUUUACUUGAAACCGAUUGAGAACUCGUGAUGGUUCCGGCGUUUACUCCAGCCAAGAACACAUCCUACUCCAAUGAUAUAAAAAUCAUUUCAUUGUUUUGUAUUUUUAAUAUGAUGAAUACCCGAAGUCUUAUUCGGAACCGACAUGAAUACCCGAAGUCCCAGCCUUAACCAAACAUAUGUGUUGCAAGAGAGGUUACUUGAUUGAAAACACCUUUUCACUUAAAAGUAUAACAGAGUGAAACCUUCUUGUUAACAACGUUAUGUCAAUUUAAGUGGGUUUUUACUCAAAGUAACAUUUCAAUAAAAAUUGAAAUAUACUACAUUUGGACUAACACAAUUUUUAAUACCUUUAAAUAAGCAUUCAGAACAUGAAAUAUACCUAUUACAAGAUAGGAUACACUUAAAACAAACUUCAAUAUAAUAAACAGUUUAUUGUUGACAUAAAAAGAGGAAAAAUAAUUUACUUUAGAAACUUUGAAUUAGUCAAAAAUCCAAUCACAUGAAUUGCCUCUGUGGCUCUAUAUAUUGUCUUUGAGAACUCAUUAGUUACUCCUCACUUCAAACACAAACCAGAAGAAAGUUAGCCACCAAUAAAAAAUGUCUAUCUUCCUUUGUUUCCUCUUAUUCUUCCCUCUCUCUUUACUCUUCUUUAACAAGCUUUCAUCAUCCAAAGGGAAGCUGCCUCCAGGACCGAAGGGUCUUCCAAUCAUCGGAAACUUGCACCAACUUGGAAGAUUUCUUCACAAAUCUCUUCAUAAAAUCUCCCAGGAACAUGGACCGGUUAUGUCUCUCCGGUUUGGGGUAGUCCCUGUGGUCGUUGUCUCUUCCAAAGAAGGAGCUGAGGAAGUGCUCAAGACUCAUGAUCUCGAGACUUGUAGCCGACCUAAAACAGUAGGCACCGGGUUGUUUACUUACAACUUUAAAGACAUUGGUUUCGCUCCUUUUGGUGAGACAUGGAGAGAGAUGAGGAAAAUCGCGGUGCUCGAGCUUUUUAGCCAGAAGAAACUCAAGUCAUUCAGAUAUAUUAGAGAGGAAGAGAGUGAAAUGUUGGUCAAGAAAGUAUCAAAAGCUGUUGAUGAGACACAAAACUCAUCAUCGGUUAACUUGAGGAAAGUAAUAUUCUCCUUCACGGCCAGCAUCAUUUGUAGACUUGCUUUUGGGCAAAACUUCCACGAGUGUGAGUUCGUGGACAUGGAGAGAGUGGAAGAGUUGGUGCUAGAGUCUGAGACCAGCCUCGGCUCCUUGGCUUUCGCUGACUUCUUCCCUGCGGGAUGGAUCAUAGACCGGCUCUCUGGGCAGCAUUCUAAGGUGAAGAAAGCAUUUGCCAAACUCACCAACUUCUUUCAGUAUGUGAUCGAUGAUCACUUGAAGAAUGGACAGCCCCAAGAUCACUCGGACAUCAUCAGCGUCAUGUUGGAUAUGAUCAGUAAACCCACUAAAGGCGAUUCUUUCAAAGUCACUGAUGACCAUCUCAAAGGAGUCAUGUCGGAUGUAUUUUUGGCUGGAGUCAACGCUGGAGCCAUCACGAUGAUAUGGGCGAUGACAGAACUAAGCAGACAUCCUAGAGUGAUGAAGAAACUACAAGAAGAGAUUAGAACAACACUCGGACCUAACAAAGAGAAAAUCACAGAAGAAGAUCUAGAGAAAGCUGAGUACCUGAAGCUAGUGAUCGAGGAAACAUUCAGGUUACACCCACCUGCUCCUCUCUUGCUGCCAAGACUAACAAUGUCCGACGUCAAGAUUCAAGGCUACAACAUUCCCAAGAACACAAUGAUCCAAAUCAACACUUACGCGAUAGGACGUGAUCCCAAAUACUGGACCAAACCCGAUGAGUUCAUCCCCGAGAGGUUUGUCGAUAACCCUAUCGAAUAUAAAGGUAAGCAUUUUGAGUUAUUGCCGUUUGGAGCCGGACGUAGGAUCUGUCCUGGGAUGGGCACAGGGAUCACAAUCGUUGAGCUUGGCCUUCUUAACCUUCUUUACUUCUUUGACUGGAGUUUUCCCGAGGGAAUGACCAUUAAAGAUAUUGAUAUGGAAGAAGAUGGAGCUUUCGUCAUCGCCAAGAAAGUUCCUUUAGAGCUCGUUCCAAUUCGUCAUCGCUGGUGAAGAGAAUGUUAUCAUUUUAAUAAGAUACAUAUUUUUACAUAUUUGUCUAAAUACUAUUGGUGUGGCUUUGUUUUAUCUAAAAUUGUUUUAAGCUUAUCAUUAUCAUGUCUUGUGAUCGGUAUUUUACCAAUAAUGUUUUAAUAAUGUCUACAAUUAAUACAUAUGUUAAUCUAAAGUUUUAUCCUUCAUUUUCUGUUAUUGAGAUGGUCUUUUGAAUGUGUUAUGCUGAUAUAGGCAUCGUUGACAAACAAAAAAGAAGUUGACACGACAUUAAAGUAAUUGCUUCCGCAAGAUUUAAGAAGAAAAAAGGCUUACUAAAGUAUAACUUAGUCACACAACUCACAACGAAUUUAUAAAAAAAUGGUUUUCAAAAGUAUGAAGUCUUCUUUUAGUUACUUGUAAAAUACACUACCAAAUACCAAAACUGUGGAGUCAAAACUUCUAUAAUGUUCUUCAAAGAUUGAACCGAAGUAUUAAUUAUGGUACUUGGACCCAAAAUGUUUUAAUACAUAAAUACUCACUCCAUUUCAAAUCAGAUAUCGUUUGAGUUUUUCCACACAAAUUUA